AAAUAUAAUAUGGAGCAACAGAAUUGUUUAAUCGGAGAAUGCGUAGUGUCACCUAUAUAGGCAGGUCCACAUUUAUAAUACUAGAUAAUAGAUUGUGUAUAAUAGAUCUUCACUGAUCCUGACAGCUCUCUAUCCAAGGAGAACGAGGAUACAACAGGAUAUAAAUCACUUGAAAUACUUCAUCUCAUAUAUAUAUAUAACUAAUAGCAGAAAUGUAAGGACCUGUAUGUUCCUGAGAAGAAUGGAGCGUGUCUAUCCGUAGGGCUGUGACCGAUGAAGAGGAGAACACUGCUAUUCUGAAAGAAGUUCAUGCAGGACACUUUGGGAUCAAGAGGAUGAUGAGAAAAUCAAUCAGCGAUUUUACUGGAAAGGGAUUGGAAAGGACGUGGAGCAAUGGAUCCAGAGUUGUGAAGCAUGCCAGAGAUUUGAGAGGGUGAAGACUGUUGCCCCAGAACUGAAGCCAAUCAAAGUUGUUCCUCCAUGGUACAUGAUCGGGAGGAAACCACUCCUGCUUGACGGCUACUGAUUUCUUCACAAAGUGGACUGAGGCCAUCCCCAUCAAAGACAAGUCAGCUGCUUGCAUGACCUCAUAAGUACAGAGGAGUGCAUGUGCUCCGUUUGCAGAAGAAUGGCAGUGAUCGCCUUGAAAGGUCCAGGAUCGGUAAAAAUAGUUCUACCAGGGGACAGUACUAUAAAAUACACGUAUGACAAGUCUUACAAAGAUUAUAACAAGUACUGGUGUCACGGGUACUACCCGCGAACAUGCACUGUUAUUGCGGACAGUCACGGGAAGGGCAAAGAGAUCGUGGAAGUGAAGGAUGAUAAAGAGGGAAGCAUUGACGUUAAGAUAAAAGAAGUCAUACCAGAUGGAGAUUACUGGUGUGGGAUAGAAAUGCAGGGACUCGAUUCGAUGACAUACACUGACCUCAGAAUUGUUACUACUGAAGCCAAUCAGGACAAUGCCUACAGGAAGGAAUACAUCAUCUCCUUCUCUCUGCUGGGUUUCCUCCUAUUACUGCUAGCAGUGUUCGCUGUCUGGUUUAAGAAAAAAUCAAACAGCAAAAAAAACAGUGGACAUGACAUUGCACCUGAAGAGAAGAAGACCUGCACUCAGAAGGUGUCUUCAGAGGUUUCCUUGGACAGUGAGGUCGGUGUUACUUACUCAGCUGUGCAAGUUACAACAGCGCCCUCUCCUGAAGGAAGAGGAGAGUGUGCUCUUCCAGACCCUGAUGUAACGGAACCUGUUACGUACAGCACACUCGUGUUCUAAAGAGUAGAACAUGCAAAGUGUAUGAAUGUAACCAAUCCUUCCACUUUCUGUGUCUCUGUGUGUAUUCCAGUCAUUAUAAGCAGGCUUGUACACAACAGUAUAUCAUUAGAGAAACCUAGUCUUACAAAACAGGACAGCAUUAACUAGGGUUAGCCAUGCGGAGUGGAGCCGGAGUGGAGCCGGAGUGGAGCCGGAGCGGAGCCGGAGCGGAGCUUGCCCGUUUUCAGAGCUGAGCUCCAGAGCUAGCAGAGUUUCUGCAGGAGCUCUGCUAUUUCCUACCAUUCACAUUUAAACAAAUCCUUCCUGAAUUAAUCAGUUCAAACACUUGAAUGAACAAAAUAAAUGAAUACAUACUUUAAUGGACAUAAUAUUUCUGUUGAUAUAAGGAGGCGUCAUUGUUGGAUCAGUGGUUUUGGUUCUUGGUCAGUGGUACUUUGAAAAGGUGAAAACAGAGAUUUUGACUUGCGAAUAACGGAAUUGCUUCAAACGCAUUGGGAACCAAAUCCAAAUAAAAUCUUCGGUUUUACUGCUAUCGUGAAAAAGUCACAAAGAGAGAAUCGGCUUGGCAUUCUAUGACCUUGACCUGGAGUUCAAAAGGCAAAAGUUUCCCACAAUCCUUGUAUAUGCCUUAAUCUACCUGUGUGACAGUUACCUCCAAAACCUACUUAGUUUGUGAGUUAUGGAGUGUGAAAAAUGAAAGCAUCCUUUUCUGCUUCCCACUUUACGGAUUGCAGAUAAUUGCAGGAAGCGUAUACAGCCUGGUCUUUUUUGUUGUAGACGUAGGGCCUUGUUCGUUCAAGAGGUUGUAUUUUAGCAACAAUAAAUUGCAAGAAAUUAGGUUUUCUAAGCUAAUUUUGCAAUUAAACAGUAUUGCAUGACAGACUCAAUUUUCCAAUCUUGCUGUAAUUAUUAUUAUUAUUUGUUUGUUUGUUUAAAGCUUUUUUGUAUAAUACGGUUUACUGUAUCAGAAAGGAAUUUGAUAGACCUAAGAAAAGUAAUUGAAGCUUGCUGAUGCUCCAUUGCCUUCUACACUCGUGUGAGCUGGAAAGAAAACAAACAUUGGAAGAUCCUUUUCCUCUACCAAACGUAAAAUAUCAUGAACUGUGACAAAAAUGACAUCUCUCCUUGCUUUAGUACUUUUGCAAGAAGGCAUGGGAAUACAUCAAGCUGUAAAUGUCCUCAUUUGUUUUAUCAUAAAGCAUACACUGCCCUUGAACCCCCCCCAGUGCAGGCUUUGAGAAUACAGUCUAGAUUCAUAGAAAUGUGUUUAAGUUAAAAUAAAAACAAAUCUUAAAACCAGAUGUCACAUUCUUGUCUAAAAAAACAGAUUUAACCUGAUCGAACAAUUCAAAGAAAAUUUAAAUAGGAUGUUACUAUGCUAGUCAAGAACAUACAUUAUUACUGAUUGGAGGUUUUAGUGGCUCUGGAGCUGGAGCAGCAGUGUGGAGCUGCACCGGAGGGCUCCUGAGCUGGAGCAGGAGCUUCUGGAGCAGGGGGUGCAUCAGCUCUGGAGCCAGCCUGGAGCUGGAGCAGCAGGUGCAUCAGCUCUGGAGCUGGAGCAGGGGGUGCAUCAGCUCUGGAGCCAGGCUGGAGCUGGAGCAGGGGGUGCAUCAGCUCUGGAGCUGGAGCAGGGGGUGCAUCAGCCCCUCCCCCUCCCACUCCCCCGCCUCCAGAGCCUGCUCCUUCUCCACUCCUUCUCCGCCCCUCAGUGGUGGAACGACCUACCCACAUAUAUCAGGACUGCUCAGUCCCUGACCACCUUUCAGUGCCUCCUCAAGACACCCCUGUUCAGACAGCAUCUGUAAACCUCACAACUCUCAACUAUACUGAACUAUAUGGCACCCAAUUAAACCAGUACUUGCAUCAGCUUGUACUUGCACUGAACUGCUCCAUACCUUGUUGUAUUCCACUACUGCUCUUAAUUAUAGCUACUUCCUGUAUCUUGUAUUUGACUUUACUCUUAUAGGUAUCCGUAUUCACGGUUUUUGUAAUUGCUCUUAUUUGAAAGCAUUCUCAUCCAUUCAUCGUACUCACUACAUGCUCAUACUGGACUUUACUCGUAUAAGCAAAUAGUUUUAAUAUAAGUUAACUGCUCUCAGUCGCUCUUACAUGUAAUUAUUUACUGUAUUCUCUAUUUUUUGCUCUUAUUUGAAUUUGAUCUUUUGCUACUGAUUUUAUUGUACUUUGCAACUGCUCUUAUCUGUAAUGUGAUACUCUGCAAUGUGAUAUUCUGUAAUGUGAUACUUUACAAUGUGAUAUUUUGUAACAAUUGUAAGUCGCCCUGGAUAAGGGCGUCUGCUAAGAAACAAAUAAUAAUAAUAAUAAUAAUAAUAAUAAUAAUAAUAAUAAUAAUAAUAAUAAUAACAUGCCGUCUCAG